UUCCUGCGGCGGGAGCGGCUGCCGCCCUUCCUGUCGGAGCCCGAGGUGCAGGCCAUCGCGCGGAGCGCCGUGCCGCCCGCCGCGGCCGAGGAGGCGGCGGCCGAGGCGUCGCUGGACGCGUCGUCGCUCACCUACUUCCCCGAGCGCUCGGACGCGGAGCCGCCGGCGCUGGAGCUGGGCUGGCCGGGCUUCGGCAGCGGCGCGUUCCGCGGGCUGACGCGGGUGGAGGCGCACUUCCAGCCGGGCGGCGGGGACAGCCCGUACGGCUGCAAGGAGGCGGUGCGGCGGCAGAUCCGCUCCGCGCGGCAGGUGAUUGCCCUUGUUAUGGAUUCCUUCACAGAUAUUGAUAUCUUCAGUGACCUUCAGAAUGCCUACAGCAAGCGCCAGGUCCCUGUCUAUAUCCUUCUUGACCAGGAUUUUCUACCCUAUUUCUUGGAAAUGUGCAAAAACUUGGGUGUCUGUCCUGAGAAGGAGAGUUUGAUGAGGGUUCGAACUCUCACUGGGAACAUCUACUACACAAGAUCAGGUGCCAAAAUUAUUGGGAAAGUCCAUGAAAAAUUCAUGUUGAUUGAUGGCAUUAGAGUGACAACAGGCUCCUACAGUUUCACAUGGACUGAUGGGCAGCUGAACAGCAGUAACUUGCUGCUACUGUCAGGUCAAGUGGUUGAAUAUUUUGACCUGCAGUUUCGAAUUCUUUAUGCCCAGUCAAACCCCAUCAGUCCUGAAUGCCGAUCAAGCUGUAGGAACAGUGGUAUAUUUAAUCACCUGGAGAAAAGAACAGAGUCCUCUAAAGAAUACACCGUGGAGAGCAAUUUGAGGGCAGAAUUUGCCAGGUUGUCUAGUACUCCAAAAAAACUGUUAAAAGAAAUAGAUGUGACUGAAGAUACUCUAGGAGGCAAACCUUGUGACCUGGGACAUUCUUACUUCAGUGAAGAGGAGUGGCUCAGCGAUCCAGAGGCCAUAGUGGGACAAAAGAAUGCAUCGACUCAAACUGGCUUAUGGGAAGAGCAGCCUGCAGUGGCUGUGUGUAAUGUUGGCAUGCAGACCAAUGUUUUAACAGAAGAAGCUGACACUCAAACUUCAACUGCUACAAGAACGACUGGGACUCAGACUUCAGUUUUGCUGAAGGCUGCAAUGACGCAGACAAGGGAAGAUGAGUAUGUGGAAACCCCCCUGCUUUACAGGAAGUUUUCCAAAGAAGAAUCCUUUCUACCUGGAAAGUCUUCAUCAAAUUCUAGUCUGCGGUCGCUAUCUUCAUCAUCAUCCCACAUGUCUCGCACGAGCUCUACCAGCUCGCUGUCUUCUCUUCGGUCGUUUGAAUACCCUAGCAUUCACAGGGCAGAGUAUUUCCAAAAACUGCAUAAGGAGAGGCAAUUCCACUACUCCACCAUCAGAUCAAAGCUUAGCCACAUGGUGGAUAUCUUGUCCUGGAGAAGACAUGUUCCUGAAAGCUACAUGAACCACUACAGGGGAAGGUACAACCUGAAGUAGAGGUGAAACAUCAGUGCCAGCCUGCUCAGCCUCUGAGAUGUUUCACUCUUCUCUGAAUAAAUGACUGCUGCACUGAAUGCAGAGCUUGAAAGCUCUGGUCACAAAAUGCAAUUACUUUAUAUCUGCUGAUUCUUCUGAUUCCUUGUAGUACUUUUACUCUUCUUUAAUACAUGCACACAUCACUUUCCAGCACUUUGUUUUCUACUAUGCAAUUUAAUCAGUGAGAUUCUUCACAUGUACUGUAACUACUUGCAUGUUUCCCUUAUACACAUUAGUGAUAUAGGCUUAUUGUACUUAUGAAUAUUUGACUUAGAAAGCAUUUAAGUUUUGUUUUUAGGAUUGCUAAUGCUCUGGCUUUAAGUUUCCUAACCUUGGAAAAAUUUGAGUCAGACAGAUCUUGCUCAGAAUGGUAAUAUCAACAUUUAUUUCCCCUUUUUAAUAAUGGGUUUUAUUUCCACUACAUGCUCAGAAUGAGGGAAAAUAACUUCAUUCUCACUCCAGUGGAGGAGUAAAAUGUGUUUAUCUCUGAAGCUGUGAAAGGUCUGGAACAGCUGUGGGUUCUGAUCUAACCAGAUCUUCAAUUUGAUUGUCCUUGUAUGCCUUUACAUAGCUAUAUGUAAAAGUGUAUAUGUAAGAGAUAACAUAACUGUGUUAUCAACGGUUUUUCUCUUAAACCAAAAGAUAGCUUCAAAAGAUGCUAAGAACAAAAUGAACAGUCUCAGUUGGAACUAGGAUGUGUGUCUUACCUACUGGUAGAAGUAAGUGCCUGCCUUCCUUGGAGUCAGGCUGGAGGUGAGAUGAUCAUCCCCAAGGACACAUGGCAAAGUCUCUGCUUGAAUAAAGUACAAAAAUAUUAGAGGUUGUUUGCCAUGAUUAUUUUACAAAUAAUUUUUUCUCUUUAAACUGUGCUUUCAGAAGUAUUCUGUAUUUCCUGCUCUGUCUGUAUUUUAUCCACUAAUAAUCUGGUUUGGGGAACCUGAGAGCCAAUAGAGCUGAUGAAAAUACCUUCAACACUACGUGGACUGUGGGUUAAGUCACUUUGCAGAGACACUGCCUGAAUGUCUGCAGCGGGUGCACGUGUGUUUGUGCUUGAUGGAUCACCUCUCUGAGGUCUGACCUGUGCUGCUGUUCUUUAGACCUGUAUAGCACUAUGUUGGUAACUAACCAGACUGAGUUCUGCAGUGAAACCAGUCUGCAUAAGGUGUUUCCUCCUCAUUUAUGGGUGCAUCUGUCCAGUAGAUGGCACAUUUCACUGUCAGAUUCAUUUCCCUAAGGAGAAAUGAAUGACUGGGAAAACACACAAAACAGCUGGGCUGCAAUGGAAGUGUAGGCAGACACGCUUUAUCCUGUCAGCUGUGGCACUUCCAUCUUUGCAGUCUGUGUUGGUGAAGGCCCGGUGCUGCUGUAGGGCUGUCAGAUCAUCCACUCCUUUCCCCCACCCUGGGGCAGCAGUAAGCACUGCUCAAAGCUGCUCUGACAAGGUUUUGUGUUUAAGAGCUGGCGUUGGGCAGCGUUUGAAUGCCUGUAAAAUGAACUCGAAAACCUUUGUGUACUCCUCAACUUUGUUGCACUGUAGGACUGUUUUGGUACUGACGGGGCGAUACGCUGUUUACAAAUAAAUUCACUUUGCCGGGAUGCUCUGAA